AUGGUGGCCCUAAAGACGCCCACAUCUUCUUCUGUCCACCCUGUGAAGGCGUCAGUGUCUGCGAGACCGUCCUCGCAGAUCGCAGCGGCAGAUCAGAUCGCUGUGGAGCUGCUUCAAGCCCUCUGCUACGCGGAGGUGCAAGAGGCGCAGGAGUGGCUUGCUGGGGCCGGAAACGCCAAGCAGGCGUGGGCCGUCUCACGGUCUGUCGCUCUCGUGCGGCCGACAGAGGCCGUUGCCGCCGAUCCGCGCAUGAGCGAAGGCGGCGGUGCAGCAGCUGCGCUGUUGGAAGCGGCGCCGGUUUCGCUGGACGCGGCGGCCCAUCUGCGGUUUUCUCAGUUUUUCCGUGCGUCACUGAUGGAGGAGGACAGCGAUGACGCCGUCAUGAGCGAUGGCGGGCACGGCGCCGUCCACGGAGGGGCUGGGAAAGACACGAGCACGAGGGAGGCAGUCGAGAUGACGCGGACGGGCGACGUGAGGCGCAGCACCGGCCUCACGCGUUCGUGGGGUGAGGCUGCGCCGCGCAGUUGCCAAUACGGUGGCGCGUUCCCGUCACCUUGGCCGUACGUUGCCAGCGAAUUCGAUGGGCCGGGUGCUGACGUGGGGGUGGAGAAGGGGGAUGACGACGACCUCACCGACUCUCCCAUCACGGGCGUGCCGCCGUCGAGUCCGCACCUGCACCGCACCAGCGUUGAUGCUGAUGGUGAGGCUGCUGCUCCUCUGCCUGAUCCGCUCAUUUUUCCUUCGCCAUCCGCUCCGGGGACCAGCGCCAAGUGCACACUGGUCUGGCGCGCCUCGCCACUGCUUGUGGAGAGAGACUCCAGCACCCCGCCGCGGCGCUCCCUGUCGCCAGCCGCUACUGCGAGGCGGUGGUCGCUAUCGUUCUUUGAUAUCGGGCGCCGCAUCGGGCACGGGCACUCCGGCAAGACGUUCCUUGCGCGGGAAAAGCACAGCAAAGUCGUCGUGGCGCUCAAGGUUUUCAACGACGACUACGCCCAGCGCCACGAAGGUGGAACGAAUACGGUCGAGCGUGCGAUGCGACUACAGGCAGCGGCACGACGGCACUGCCCGCACAUUGUAAGGCUCUACGCGUUCUUCACGGAUGCGCGACGCUGUUACGCUGCGCUGGAGUACGCGGACGCUGGUGACCUCGCCAGUCACCUCCUUCGCCAGCCGCACCAACGCCUGCCUGAGGCGCAGGCCCAGGUCAUUGCGUACCACGUGGCGCUGGCACUGCGGCACUUGCACGAGCAACGCGUUGUGCACCGCGCUGUGACGAUGCGCAACGUGCUGCUGCGCCGCAGUGAGGCGGGAACGACCGCCAAACUCGGCGACUUCGCCUCCGCCGUGCAGCUGGCCGACGGGCGCGCUCGCUGGCUCGGCGAACUCGGCAGCUCCGAUGAUGGAGGGCGGUCGCUGGAGUACGCGGCACCGGAGGUCAUUUGCGGCCGCGGAUGGUCGUGCAAGUCUGACAUGUGGGCGCUCGGUAUCCUUGUGUUCGAGAUGAUCUGCGGUCACCACCCCUUCGACCACGUUUCCGCGGCGGCGAUGAAGCGGCUCAUUUGCAGCGGUGCCGCCUGCCGUUCGCCGCAUGCGCUGUCGCACACCGGCAUGUCGUUUGUGCGGUCACUUUUAUGCGUCGAUGAGGCAGCGCGCAGCAGCGCUGCAACGGCACUGGCGCACCCGUUUUUGAGUGUUAAGGCCGCCGCCACCACGCCUGCUGUGGCGAGCGCCAUGCAGGACACGGCAGCAAGCGGCAGCACAAAACCUGCCAGGUCGGCUGCCCAGGCGGUGCCGGCGAGCGUAGCCGUUGCUGAGGAGUCGCGCAUGGAUGCGGUGGCGCUGCCUGUCAGUCGUGACUUGUCGAGCACGUUCUCGCUCGCUGCAGUGCUGGCCAACACAGAGGCUAACUGCGGCAGCGACGGAGGCCACAGUCGCGGGACGGCUGCCAUGAAGGCAGGCACAAACACUGCCAUCAGCUGCGCGGACGCUGCUCUAGUCUCUCCGGCGCCGAGGGACAACAUCCCGUACGCGUGGCGGGGUGGAAACCCAUCGGUUAACUCUCUCGCCGCGACUUCGACAUCGCCGACCGUCACCCCCUUUUCCACUGCCCGGCGCGUGACCGGAGCAACAAGGCAUGCACAUGGCGCGGCAUGGCACACAGCGGAUGCGGUCGCUCCAGCGGCGUCUCUGUCGUCCACCAGCUCUCCUGGCCCCUUGAUGUCCUUCGCGCCUCUAACACACCCCUGGCAGGGCACUGCGCUGCCGCCCUCGGCGACUCUGUCGGCUUCCUCGCUCUUUGGCGCCCUGAGCAACGAGGAAGCGGAUACGAGUUCGGGCCGCCGGCCGAGCGACACAAGGCUCAGGUCUCCUGGAAACGCCAGCCACCUCAGCCCGACGACGACCCUCAGCGACAUGUCGGCCAGCGUGCUCUCCACGACACGAACGCCGACUACGCUCGCGUCGGGGGCAGCUCAGCCUACCGGAGGUGCGUUCACUGACAGCGCUGCGGCUGAGAGUGUGCUCAGCGCCAGCUUUAAGAGCUGCAACACUCACAAUCCUAUCUAUCUUUUCUCCCAGCAGCAUCACGCCCGCCACGGCCAGCAGCACGAGCAGCAGGAGACCCCGGCAACAUAUGGCGCAGUGAGCACGGCGCGUAGCGGUGAGAGAAGGCGCAGCGAGGACACUCGAGGGGACUGCUCCGUGACCGUUAGCAGCUUGACGCCGCGCCCAUCGUGUAGUGCGCGCACGGAGUGGGCCACCGAGGACGCAGAGGUGUCUCUAUCAUCCUUGACGGUCUCGUCGACGUCGUCGUCCUUCAUGUGCGCGGCGGUUCCUCAAGCAAGCUUUCACACCCGUGCCGCAGACGCGCCUCUGCGGCAGAUGACUGGCCGCGUUGCAUCGUCCAUGGCAGCCAGCGGCGCGCUGCAGGCACAGCGGUUGCCGCUGACCGGCCGACUGGCCUCCUCGACCAUCACUUUAACAAGCGUGAGAGGCGCAUCUGGUGCCCCCAAGGCAGCAGUCACAUCAUCACGCUCGAGGAGACCGAGGUCAGGAACGAACAGGCUCAACAAGAGGCCGGAGUGCUCGCUGCGACUCGCCUUUGAAACAUUGAGCGACGAGGACAGCUGGUGA